GUUGACAGAUCUUCCUUAAUUUCAUGUUGUCAAAUGCUAUUGAGAGUUUAAAUGUUACUUAUGGGAAUAUGAAAGUAGAACUUUGGCUACUAUUCAGACAGAGUAUGUCUACACGUGCAAAGCUGACAAAGAGGUGGUACUGAAAGUCUCCAGUCUGUCCAGACGUCUAAAACAAGAGAAAUGUGGGCAGUUCUCCGGAAAGAGUUUGGUCAACCACAAAAGUGUCAAUGAUUACAAAUGCUUGACUACAAGUAUGAGCUCUGUUACUGUCAAGAGUGUCAUCCCAAUCUGUGAAUUCAAUAGCAAGGAAAUCCACAACUGGCAGCAGUUGAAGCUUAAUAGUCUCUCAUUCAGGGUGAAGAUUGACCACAACAAAGGAUUACAGAAGACAAUUUUCUAAAUCUUUAGUGAAAAAGGGGGAACUAUACUUCAAAAACUCCAAGCUAAACAACAUCACUUAAGACUUCACUUCCAGACAGAAGCCAGGUCAAGGACCUAGCAGCAAUAGCCUGCUUUUUAAUUUACAUUUCAGUAUGUUGUUCGUGAAUACCCAGAGAAUUGUAUUAUAAUGCGCAAAUGGAUGCUAAAAUGGAUCCUGCCAACUCUGCUUUCCAGACUGUACUUUCACAUUAUCUUUCUAGUGGGCAGUGUGUCUUUAGCUUGCAAUGAUAUGACUCCAGAGCAACUGGCUGCAAAUCCGAACUGCUCCAGUCCUGAACGGCACACAAGAAGUUAUGACUAUAUGGAGGGAGGGGAUGUACGAGUGAGGAGACUUUUCUGUCGGACACACUGGUACCUGACAAUUGAUGAAAUGGGAAAGAUCGAAGGGACAGGCGAGCAAAACAACAGUUACAGUAUACUGGAAAUAAGGACGGUCUCAGUUGGAAUUGUGGCAAUCAAAGGGGUAGAAAGUGAAUAUUUCCUGGCAAUGAACAAGUCUGGAAAAUUAUAUGGCAGGAAAACCUGCAAUGAGGACUGCAACUUUAAGGAACUGAUUCUAGAAAAUAAUUACAAUACAUAUUCCUCUGCAAAGUGGACUCAAAAGGGCAACGAAAUGUAUGUUUCCUUGUCAGUCAAAGGUGUAGCGAUGAAAGGCAAAAAGACAAAGAAGGAAAACAAAGCAACACAUUUCUUACCUAUGCCAAUAACCUAAUUCCACCAACACCAGAUUGCUACAGUAUACACUACAUGUUAAUUUCUAGCAACAAAAAAAUAAUUCUACGCAGUAACAAAUGCCUUUAUAAAGUAAGCUGGGAUAACUACUGAAAAGUGAACAAGCUGGACUUGCAUUUUGCGAAGAACUUUUUUUUUUUUUUUUUUUAAUGACUGUACAAAAUGUUAGGGAAGACAACACUUCAAUGUUUAGAAAAACUUUGAUCUUGAAAGUGGCAGAUAAAAAAAAAAAAAAAAGUUGAACGGAUAAAAGUUGCUUUUUUGCCUAUUUAAGCUGCAUUUAUGACCUACUAUUCUGGCCACUUUUGCUAUAUGUAAUUGGCUAGUGCCUUGAUUAGUUAUUUACAUGGCUGCUAAAGUUAUUCAAAGGGAAGUGAUAUAAAUGUUAUUUAAAUUAUAUACAAUUUUGAAGCUGCUGGAGUAACUAAUGUUGAAUCACAGUUCUAAAUAGAUGAACAGUACUUUAAGUUUUGGUUGACUGUCCCUUUACAUACAUUACUAAUAUAAAUUAAAAAAAAAAAAACAUUAGCUUAAAAUACAAGGCACUGUAUUGAUAAGAACUUUUUAUUUAAAGCAUUCCACUUUCUGUUGUGUUUUUGUUUUCUUUUAAUACCUUACCCCCCCCCCCUUCCUCCCCCUCCAAAAACAGUAUCUGUGCAUGUAUCAUUUAUAUAAACAGUGUGAUUUUUGUUAGACAUUUGCAUAAAUAUUAUAGAUAGCUCAAAUGAAUGUCAUGACUAGAAAAAUUGGACUUGCAUUAUUAAAUAGGCCCAUAAUAAAAUCUCUCAUUAUCUUGUAGACUUGAUUUUAAUGGCUGUGCAUGACAACAUUAGCGUGCUAGUAAGUUUGGAAUUCAUUUAAAUAGUCCAUUUGCAUAGCUCCAUGAGAAUAGCAUGCUAAAUGCAAACUUUCACGACAAAGGAAAGCUACACGCAAACCUAUUUAGUCAUGCUAUAUCUUACUUUCAGAUGUAACCUUAGCCACUACCGGAAAUGCAGUCUCAUACAGUUUACUUCAGAUACAAUGUUGUUUAUCUCAUUAUUAGGAACACUACAUUUUCCUUGAUGUUAACAAAACACUUAAUUUUUGUAUACUAUGCUUCUUCAUAAAACUCCAGACUUUAAAAAAAACAUUAUAGUCUCUAUAGGGCAAUAACAUUAGCAUUUGUUCAAGAUUGUGUUUGAACUUUAUUGUUGUAUGUUAUUUAAGUUGAUGUUAUUUAUAUAAAAUUCAUAUUAAGUUAUGUCUGUUUCAUAUGUUCUUAGUUUUUUUUUUUUUUUAUAACAACAACAUUGUUUGGUCACAGAUAUAAUACAGAAGUCCUUAUAAGCAGGCAGGCAUAGAAGCUUGUAAACAAUGCUCUUGCCAGUAAACACAGGAUGGCAGGCACAAAAUGACAGCCCACACAAAUUCUUACAGUAGAAGGCAAAUAAGGGACAUAAUAACAUGCCAUAUAUACAUUUUCACAUUUUGCCAAAUACAAAUAAUAGUGUUUCAUAUAACAGUGCAACAUAAAUCCCACUCAAGCUUGUCAAACCCACCCAUCAAAAUAUUUUUUUUUUUGUAAAAUAAGCAUCAUCACCACUGGUAAACUAAAUACAGUGCUGUAAAAUGUUAUUCUCUGACGAUGCAAUUGUAAAUUUUUUGUUUAAAUAAGAAAUAAAAUAACUAAAUGCUGUUGCAUCUAUGCAAAUGCUUUUGUCUAGCAUUAUUUAUCUAAUCAUUAUGUUGUACUGUACCAUAACAUUUCUUGGCCCAAUAUACUGCACAUUACAUGUUUUGCUAUGUAGCUCCUUUCAAACACCGUUGCAUGUUCUGCCAGUUCUGUUGUCAAUUCAACACUUAUCUUCUUUAUAUUCCUUAAGGAUAUUAUCUUCAAGUAUUGCUCAUCCUUGUUAGACAGUCCUGGGUUUGUCAAUUACAGAUGAUGUUUCUGUGUAGUUGUUGAUUAUGCUUCGGAUACCACACCUUGAAAAUCAAGUGAUGCAAGCUAUUUCACUCAAUGUUUUUCCUUCUUUAUGCAAGUCAAGGUUGUUAUAAUAGUAGAAAACACUAGUGGAGGCUUUGAGUAAAUUGUUCAUGCUCAUAAUGCAUCAGAGUAGAAAAUGGCAACAUGUCUAACACUUGCACAGCAAUGUGUAUAUGUGAUGAGUUUCCACCACCAGGCAAAUCAUUUCUGGUGUGUUUCUUAUCAAUACAGUGCCUUGUAUUAGGGUCUUCUGGUGUAAAUCUCUUACUUGUCCAGCUAGCUCCACAGUCAGGUCUAUUAUCACUGGCACAUGCCCAUUAUGGGCCAGCUGUGUAGAUCUCCCAUAAACCUUUUGGAUCACAGAUCACUUAAAGAGGCAACAUUAAUAUGCAAUGGGCAUACAUUUAAAUUCCCUUUAAAAGGGUAAUAGCAAUAUUUACACAAGGUUUUAAUUGCCUGAGGUUCAUAGUCAUAUUUUUUCGAGAAUUUUCACAUGUUUCAAAUGCCCUUUUGAGCACGGAAAAAUGAUCUUCCCUGGCUUGGAACUGAUCAUUCUAAGUAAGAAAUGUGCUUCUGAACAAGGGUCUCCUCCCAAUGGUAUUUCUUACUCCGCCCAUUUCAUUGCAGUCUGUUUCUAAAUGGUCUCCAUGUAUACUUUACCUGGUCCUUUCUCUCUGAUCACUAAGGAAAUAUGAGGAUCAGAUUAACCAGAGGUACCACAUCUAUAGUAAGAAACCAUACAUAUAUAUAUAUCUGUGCAGAUAUAACUGCAUGACAUAAAUAGAAUGUCUGCACAUCCACUGCUAUUGUAAUAUUGAGAUAAAAAGGGUUCAUAUUAGGUACUUUAAGUUACACUGCAUGUCUGUCAAAUACAAGUAUACUGCAGAUAAAAUACUGGCAAACUGCCUCACACAUGGAAAAGUAGAUACAAUAAGCGCUUUACCUUAUGGCUGGGUUCACAUCUGGCUCAAAGAAAAAUGACAGAUAAAAAGGCAAAAACUGGAGUGUAAACCUCUGAAUCAGUUUGAAUGAAAAAAUGUCUGAAUCAAGGUGAAGUGCUUAUUUAUGCCAAGUCACGCAAAUGCAGUCUUAGCAGAUCAUUUAUAACAUGCUCAAAAUCUAAAUACACAGAAUUAUCAUUUCAGCUUUUGUAUAUAUCUAAACUUUCAUGUGGAUUUGUACAUUUCAGCGACAUUAACAUUGACUUCUGGGCUUUUAUGAAUGUGCACAUCUCCUUAUGAGAAGCAGAAGAGACACAUACAGUAUAAAACACAUGCUCAGUAAAACAUCAUUUUAGUUUGUGUUACCCUUCACUGUUUUUUGUUUUUAAAUUUACAUUACGAAAUAUUAUACUCAUUAAAUAUAACAAGAAUACCAGUAACAUACAUCGCCCAUCACGACUGUAAAAUCUAAAUUAGAUCCAUCAGAAAAUGUUGAUGACUACGACAUACUUUAACAGUAUAUACAUAAUAGGGAAUGGGAAUGGGAAAAGCAUAUUAAAAUGACUUAUUUACAGUAUUUGGAAUAACCUCUUGUGUUCUCAACACUCCUGUAAAAAUGGAAGCAUGGCAUACAAACAGACGGAUAUACAGACAGAGACAUCUCCACGUAUCCUUACAAUCAAACAUUCUCAAUGACUAAUGCUCAAUAAUGUUAAAAACAAGUUUCAUCACAAUUUAAUGACGUAUUCCAAAUGUAUGCAAAAAUGCAAGUUUGGCAGACAGACAGAAUGCCCCUCCCCCAUGUAGCCCCAGAAUUAUAUACUCUCAAUAAGUUACGCUAAAAAAAUGUUAAUACCAAGUUGGAUACGUUUUUUUCAGAUAGAUGAAAAGUGUGACACGCAUGUACUGUACAGACAACCGACCGACUCUUCUAUAUCACAGGUGCCGUGGAUUUCUUGUGUGUCUUCAGCUUACAGAUGCUCUACUUAGAUUUAAAAGAAUAGAAUUCACAGACCUUCCCAUGCAUAUAUUUGACCUCAUAGCAACAACCCACUAUUCUCUUGAUAAAACUCUGCUGUCAGAGUUUUAACAGACAUUUGGCUCGGAUCAUGAGUGAUUAUUUUAAUGCUGAUAUCAGUUCACUUGCUGUAAAACUCCCUCUAUGGUUUCAGGUUUUCCUCAGUUUCUAAAAUAUUUUUUCACAUGAAUAUUACACAACCACUUAGUUAUCUAAUUUUUCAAAACAAAUAAAAGGGAAAACCAAAAUGUGCUCAGUGGAACUUGUGGGGGGGGGGGGGGUGUCUGUCUAUACUACUGCUAUCCACCCUGUAUUUUCCAAUAGGGUAUUUACUUUAAACUCGCAUUUAAGUUUGUGUUUUUGUAGCUAGAAGAAAAAUAUAUAUUGACAAUAAAUUAUUUUAUU